CCCGGGCAGGUAUAAAAACACCGUGUGGCCAAAGUGGUCAGAUUUUCCUGCCAGUGACAGACCAGACCUAUAACAGGCACGAGAGGGACACAACAGAGGAAUAUGCCGAUCAUUGUUGUAAUCGCAGCCUUACUUGUGGUGGUGUGUGCGGAGAAUGUGGACGUCCCGCCCCGCUGUUGCUUCGCUAAGACAUGGGAGGGCACGAUGGCGACAGCGCAGACUGCCGGGUCGCAAGGUUCAAUGACAACGUCCAUGAUGGUAAUGUCCUACGAUAUCUCCAUUAAGAAAUUCGCCCUGCAAGAGAUGAACAACAAGUUUAGGGUUGUUGCAGACUACAACAAGAGCACCCAGUACGUCAUCACACCUGACGGGAAGUGCACAACUUCAAAGCUGCCGAGUGAGAUGCUGACUUGCAUUCCUGACACCGCCACGUUCAUAGAGACAGUCGUGUACGGCGGGCCACACGGCAUGGUGCUGGACAAGUGGGCAUUGAAGUUAACGGAACCGGGGCCCUUAGAUGUGUACCUGGCCGUCACUAGGGAUACGUGCGUCUUCGUCAACGAAGUGAUCAUGGGUACGAUAAGUGGAGGACCGUUAUGGCAAGCCAUUGAGUUCUCCAACAUCACUUACGCUAUCAAGGACCCGUCUGUGUUUAACGUCCCCAGUCCGCCCUGUCCGGCUGAUCAGGAUCUGAACAUGGUGACGGGGAAAACUUCAUUCUUCAUGGGUCUGUGAGUCAGAGGCGGCACGGCAAGACAUGUACUCCAUUCUGGAUGUACUAUGGAAGCAUGCAGCAUUGCGGUAUUUCAUGGUUGACAAAGUAUGUGUAUACCUGCUGGGAACAUAGGCUAGUAGAAAAUGCACCUAAAAGUUGUAAAAAGGUGGUCACUUGAUAUGAAGUGACGCUUGCUAGUUCUAUUCUCAAAUAAACACUUUAUUAGGAACUUGA